AUGGUGGUGAUCGCACCUACACCCGAUAUACAGCUCCAGCGUACGUCAUACGACGAUUUAAAUGCAGCUUUAGUGAUCACGCAACAACCACCUGAUACUUGGUACAAGGAUCAAUACGGUCGUAAGGCAACAUUUGAGCUCAAAGUAGAGCGCACAAUGAAAUUUUGCACGCAGUGCGUAAGACAGCGUCUUUUGACUGUUCAAUUGCUGUACGAAACUGGUAAAGUGGUAGAGAAGCAGGAAAUACUACACAUCAUGUCUGGACAAUGUCUUGAUACAAAAAAUCAGAGUACGCUAGCAAUGCGUAUUGCAGAGGUGUCAAAGAAUCACUUGAAUCGGCGAUUUCGAAUAAAACUUACAGCACCCACUUGCACCAAUAAUUGUAAGUUUGAAACAUCAGUUGUGUCUAGGCCAAUUCUUGUGCUAUCGAAAAAGAAAAAGCGUCCAGGAAAGCAUAAUAAAGAGACGGAUACGCUAUCAGCUAAUGCAAAAAAGAUCAAAAGAAUGCCAAAGCGAAGAAAGUCACAUGACUCGCUUGAUACUUUAGAAACGGCUACGAUUAUCGAUAAUGUAGAGGUAAAGCUAAAGCCUUCAUUACGCACAGCGAACGCAACAGCCCCAUUUACUCCCGAAACGCCGAAUUUGAGUUUGUGGGCCAAUGCAGCGUUUGAUUUGCUAUACAAAUUGCAGUGGCAGCGCGACGUCGCGAGCAAAAACGACAAUCGGAAUGCGAAGCUCAAGGAUUUGCUUGUCACGAGGUUGUCCAGAACGUACAAAUGCCCUUCGUGUCUUGAAACGUACGGACAAAUACCAAUGCAUCGCGAAGAUUGUGAUUUAAAGCUACUUCUGGAGCAAAAUGAGACUGAGACGACAACAAGUGACGUUGUUCCCAAAAACCUUUCAUCUUCUCACACACUUCUUUGGUCAUCCGACGCGCUUUUGAAUUGGCCAAUUCAGACGAAGACGUUACAUACACAGACAAAUGUUAAUAAAUGUAUCCUGCCACCGUAUCAAAAGGAGCACGAAGUGAUCGAUAUACAAGCACCUGUCCAUAAAGACAUUUUAGCAGCUUCAAAUGCGUCUUUUCACGUCCAUUCUUGGAAUGACUGUGCGUCGAUAUCCAAGCUAUUUCACAGCACUUCAUAUGGUGACAUAAAGCCAUUCAAGUCAGAAAGUACCCCCGCUGUUCAUCGGAGUGGGGUGUUGCCGCCUGUAAGCACACUUUCGUGUAAUUUUUCAAGUCUUUGCAGCGCGACAAAAAUGCAACAAACUGAUAUUGACAGCUCUCUACCAUCUCAACGACUCUCAGUAUUACUUGCAGUGUCGAAAGGCUUGUCUGUUCCUGCAGUCGAUCUUUUCCGAGAGAGUGAAGCGGCAUUGCGUAAUGACGGCAGUAUCGUCUGUUCAAUGAGUUCAAUGAAUUUGAGUGAAUUCUUUCGACCAAAUUUAGAGAAUCAAGCACUCAAUGGCAUGCAAUUCCCCUUGUCAGCUAUGCUAUCGCCUGGUGGGAUUGAGAAUUGCGAAAAAAAUGUUCAAAUGGUUUUGGUGCACGACUUCCAAGGCUGCGGAUUUCCAGCCUUGGACAUCGCUUUGAAUCUCGUGGGAUUCUAUCAGCUUUUGACUGAAACAUGUAUUAAACCAGCUGAUUUGAGCUUCACACCUCACAUAUUCUCACUGCCCGAAGAAAUGCUACAAGAAUUGGAAGGCACAAUCGCAGAAUGGACAAGUAAUUCAACACAUUGUAUCCAGCGAGAUGUAACCCAUAAUGAGGCAGAGGUAUCUUUAGCGAAGUUGAAAAGUGCAGUGCUUCAGAGGAUACGAAAGUAA